AUGGGCCAUGUUAUUGCACUGGUCGAUAUGGAUUGCUUCUUUGUGCAAGUUGAACAGCGUUACAAUCCUUCCCUAAAAGGCAAACCAUGUGCUGUUGUACAAUAUACCCAGCGUGGAGUAAUCAUUGCUGUCAGCUAUGAAGCCCGAGCAUUUGGUGUUAAACGAGGCAUGACAGCUGAAGAUGCCAAAGCCAAGUGUCCAGACAUUCUGCUACCACGAAUUCCAGAAUUAAGAGGGAAAGCAGACCUUACUAAGUACAGGGAAGCUGGAGCUGAGGUCAUUGAUGUUUUCUGUCAAUUCUGCCAGUGUGUGGAGAGAGCCAGUAUAGACGAGGCUUAUCUAGACCUGACAAAGAUAGUAGACGAGAGAAUGAAGACUGUCGAUGUGACUUGCAUUACAUCAUUUGCAGACCAACUGACUAACACGCAUGUCAUUGGUUGGGAGUCAACAGAAGAUAAUAAGUCUUCUAACAAAACAGAUAUGUCAAAAAAUUGCAAAAACGAUCUGUUAUGGUGGUUGUCAAGCGUGCAGUUUGAGGAUAUUAAACUUGCUGUCGGUGCUGUGAUUGUUGAAGAAAUGAGAGCAGCUGUCCACAAACAGACUGGCUUUAGCUGUUCGGCUGGGAUCUCCCGCAAUAAAAUGUUGUCUAAAUUAGCAGCUGGUCUUCAUAAACCAAAUCAACAGACAGUUCUGCCACAUUCAGCUGUUGAAGAACUUUUCAAAACAAUGCCGAUAAGCAAAGUCCGUAACCUUGGCGGUAAAUUUGGUGAUGACUUAAAACGUGACCAUGGAAUAGAAAUGAUGUCUGAUUUAUGGCAGUUCUCCAAAGAACACCUGAUAGACAUUUAUGGAAGUAAAACGGGAACCUGGCUUCACGCGCUUUGUCGAGGAUUUGAUAAUGAAACAGUGACAGCAAGACAAGUUCCAAAAUCAAUAGGAUGCAGCAAGAACUUUCUAGGUAAAUCUGCUUUAGACACAAGAGACAAGGUGAAACAUUGGUUGAAACAACUGGCUACAGAAGUUGAAGAAAGGCUAAUUAAAGAUAAAGAAAAUAAUAAACGAACUGCAACAUCAAUGAUUACCAGUCUUCGAUUCCAAAGUCCCGUUAAUCAAACAAUUCAAUCAAGCAGUCGUACAACAGCAGUUGUGCAAUACAGUGCUGAGAAAAUUGCUAAUUGUGCGUUUUCUCUGCUGCAACAAUUCAAUCUAAGCCCUCCACAUCAAGCAUCAUGGUCACCUCCAAUUCUGAUGCUUAGUAUUUCAGUAGGAAAAUUUGUCGAUAUUCCUUCUGUUCAGACUGGCAGUAUUUCUGCUCUCAUUAAAAAACAAAUAAGCAAUACUCAAGCUGUGAGGUCAUCCUUCGUGGCCAACGGCAUUAACUUACUAAACCAACAGACAGAAACUGACGGCUUUAGCCAAAAGAUGCUUAAGACCUCCAACUCAAAAUCUAUCAAGAAGCAGUCUCUUAUAUCACAGAAUAACACUUUAACAUCAUAUUUAAAGAGCAUUGAAGUUUCACAAAUUGAGCCAUCAUCUUCAAACCAAAGACAAAUAAAUUGUUCAAGUACCAUCUCAGAGCUUCCUGUGAAUGCUGAUAAUGAUAAUAAUAGACUUAAUAAAGAUACAAUUGAAGGUUUCUUUUCACGGAAAGUUUUGGAAAAUUCUUUUUCUAAAUCUUUUAGUGGAGUUUUAAAACCUAGUGGUUCUUCACCUGAUGCCAAUGGAAUUUCCAGUGAGAGAGAUGAGGCUGAAAGUGAACACACGAGUAGCUUCUUUGCAAUGAAACAAACUGAGAUACAAAAAUUAAAAGACUAUUCAGUAAAACCGGUCAGUUCAUUUACUGGUGAAGGAAAAUUACUCCAGCCUGGACACCAAGGACGAGUUUUUGAAAAUUCAUUUCCAACUCAAUUUGAUAACAUUUCCACCACAGAAGACAUUUCAAAUUCUUCAAAUACAGAUGUUUAUAAUGAAGACUUUGCAUUGAAAUCUUGUGAUUCCUCAGAUGGUAUUGCUGCUCCUGGUACUUGUAAUGUUACUGGAGAUGAGGUAUCUGUAAUUUAUGUAACUGAUGAGGAGGAGGAGGAGGAGAAAGACAAGGAAGUUUAUGCAUCUGAGAGCUUAAGAAGUGAUACUGUAUCUGUUCCCUAUCAGGAAAAGUCAACCUGUUCUCAAAAGCUGUCAUUUGACAAACAGACUGUCUUUAAUGAGGACUCAAUUGAUUCUUGCCAUUCUACAGAUUAUUCAUUGCAUUCUGAUAGAAGAGAUGAGAUGGAUUAUGUAGAAUGUCAAGACUGCAUGAAGAAAAUCCUUGUUUGGGACCUGCUGGAACACAAAGAUUAUCAUUUUGCUCAGCAGCUACAGAGAACUGUUGACAGAAAUAUGACUCGUGGGAAUCCAAAUCACAGAACAUCAAAUCCAACACAAAAGAGGAAAAUACAAACUGCUAGGAAUAAAGAGAAAAAGCCUAAAAGCAAUCCCAACAUGAAAACACUGGAAGUUUUUUUCCAACGGAAAUGAUUGUAAAUAUUGAGAUUUUAUUUAAUUUCAUUUAUUUAUUGGGAUUUUUUUAUUAAUAUUGAAUAAUGUGUUAUUUAAUAAGAUGAAUAUAAUUUAUUUUUCUUCAAUUUGUUUUAAUCCUGGUUAAAGACCACAACUAACUUAGCCUGUUAUGAGCAAUGUUUCUCAAACUGUCAAAAUGCCUACACACACACACACAAAAAUUUUAUUUAUUUUUUUCCUCUCACCUUUCUUUGUUAAUGAGAAAACAAAUUUAUUUUGGCCACGCUAUUGGACAAGUUUUGAAACCAUUUCAUCUUUAAUUAAACUCAGCAAUUUGUCUCUCCCCUCGCUUGCUCUUCAAUAACCCCCUCUCCUCUUCAAUUCUCUAGUCUCUUCUUCCCUAUGGAUUAAAAAAAAUACUGAUUUAGUAUUCCAUCCAUCCAUUUUGUCUGUCCACUAUUCCUCGAAAGGUCAUGGCAGUAAGAUACCCAGGCACCUCUUCCACAGCUACCGUUACUUUCCACCUGUAUUCCCGAGCAUGGUCAAAUGAAACUAUAGAUUAUUAUCGAACUAUCUUGUUCUUGGUCUGUUCCUUGGUUAUUCUCUGGUUAAUGCAUAUGCCAGGUAAACUUAAAAGUUACCUUCUCGAAUCAUACCAAUUCUUAAGGGCCGGUUUCAUGGUGUACAUAUUCCCACCUGGACAGGACACUGGUCCAUCACAAGAUAACUCACUUUAGCCAGCUGAGUAGACUGGAGUAACGUGUUUUUGCUCAAGAACGCGUGUUGCCCAGUCCUUGGAUGAAAACCACCACAAUCUUAAUCAUGAUUCCAACACCCUAACCACUAAGCUACUUGCCUCCACUAUGCCAGGUAGCUUGGACCUUUGAAAAGUCACCAGAACAGUGGCAAUCUGCAGUGAUAAUCCGAAUCUUUAAAAAUGGAAACUAAGGGGGCAUGCUCUAAUUAUUGAGGAGUCUCUUUGUUGAGCCAUCCUGGAAAAGUCAAUGCUUGGUGUCUGGGAAAGAGAUAUAGGGAAAUUGAGCCCAAGCUAACUGAACAAGUGUGGCUUCCAUCCUGGAUGCAGCACAACAGAGUUUCAGAAUU